AUGAGAGUACUGCCGUAUACACUACAAGAACAAAACUUUAAUCUGAUACUGAAGAGCAGUACAUCAGGGGAUAGGUAUGUCUAUACAUUCACACAACAAUCAGAAUGUGAUCAGUUUUUUGAAGAUGCCAAAGAAACAGGGAAUGCAGUGCCUGAGGUGAAACUGAAAGCUGCUUUGUCUCUGCAAGGACAUAAAACGUCUGAGCUUUGGAGCAUUACUUCUUCAAAAGCAGUGUAUACUCUGAGUGGCCAUUGGGACAAAGUGAACUGCCUAGAUUUCUUCACUCGUGAUGAUGGCCAGCAAUACUUGAUUAGUGGCUCUCAAGACUGUACUGCCAAGGAAAGAAAUUGUGUUCAUACAAUGGAUGUUUUCAUGUCACCAGUUGUUUCUGUCAUUUCUCUUCCGGACUCACCAUAUAUAACAACAGGUUCAGAAGAUGGAACUGUUCACUUGUGGAACUCUGCAAGUUUCAGGGUUGUGAUUGAAAAGAUGGGUGAAAUAUCAAUCAUGGAUAUUGACACAGUCUCUGAGGCAAGGUCACUAGCACCCUCAACUGAGCUGAUCCAAGUUGAGCCCCCCAAGUUGUGCUUCCCAGAUAUCCAAGUUGUGUCAAGCACACUGAAUAUAAGCAAUAUUACACAUCACCACGUGGCUUUCAGUAUAUGGUCAUUGAACCUUACAUCCGACUACAAUGCAUUGCCGGAUAAAGGAGUUCUAUCACCACAUUUAACGCAAGAAAUUGUUGUAACAAGAGUUGCACAUGAGUGGGUGCCAGCAGACCUCACGUUGAAGGAGGUAGUCUUAGUUAAGGCCACUGUCGUGGUAGAGGGGUUAAGGACCAAAGAUGUCAUUUAUGACAUGUUCGAUGAAACAAAGACAGGUCGACAUGUUCAGCUGGUGAAGUUGGAUGUUGCAUUUGUACCCUCGGAGAUCAUAUCCAAAGCAAGGUUACCAUGGACCUUAGAUGUGCAUCCAACAGAGUCAUGGAUAAUGACGACUCAAGGAGAUUACUACGUCCAUAUACGGAACUAUAAGACAUGGGCAAUUACUUCAGCUAAAUUUAUGGCAUGCAAGAAAUUGUUUGUGGUGGGUUGUUCUAGUGGAAUCAUCUAUGUUUACAGUUAUGAUCCAGAAGAGGACGAUCCAGUAGAGAAGGAUUCAGAAGAGAGCGAUCCAGGAAAUAAAGAUGCAGUAGACAAAGAUUCAGGAGAGAGAGAUCCGGAAAAUAAAGAUACAGUAGAGAAAGAUUUAGAAGAGAGAGAUCGGCUGGAAAAGAAAGAUUCAUUAAAUAAAACUGAAGUUAAGAAAAUCCAAGUUCUUCAUGGACACACAAAAUCUGUCAAUACUUUGGCUGUUCAUGCAACUAUGCCAUACGUGCUGUCAGCAUCUCAAGAUGGCAAGAUUUUGAUCUGGCACUAUGAAAAGAAGUGGGAGUUAAUAAAAACAAUUGAUGCCAAUACUCCUGUAAUGCAUGUCGCAUUUAACCCAAAGGACACCUAUAUGUUUGCUAGCGCCCAGGACAAAACAGUAAAGAUAUGGAACAUUCAUUUUGAUGACUGUAAGCUCCAACUUUCUGGGCAUUCAGAUUUGGUGGUAUGUUUAGAUUACUUCAGUCUGGAUAAUAAGCUAUACUUGAUCACCGGUUCAAAAGACAAAACUGCCAAGAUUUGGGAUUGCGAGACAGGGAGUUGUGUUCAGACACUGAAAGGGCAUACAGACGUUGUUAAGAUUGCAUAUUGCUAUCCAGACCUUCGAAUGUUAAUUACAGGUUCAUGGGACGGGUCAGUUCGCCUGUGGAACUCGAACACCUUCCGGUAA